CAUUCAAUUAAACGAAUGGCCAAAAGACUGAAAAAUGAAGAUUCAAAGUAGAAAUGUAAAACCAACAAGUCAAAGUCGUCUCGUCUUCUUCCCACCUUCCCUCGUCCAACAAUGGGACACAACUCAUAAAUCACACCAAAUACCUCUUUCUUCUCAACCCAUUUCCUACAAAAAUGAGACUACUAUUCAUCAUUUUCACUAUUAUUAUCACCAUAGAAGCUGCAGAUAUUCUUCCUGGUUCUACCCUUUCAGCUUCCAACCCAAACUCCAAAUGGUCAUCUCCAAACAACACCUUCUCUCUUUCAUUCCUACAGCUCGACCCCACAAACCAGAGCGUCUAUUUUGCUGCUAUUUCUUACAACAAUAUACCCAUAUGGAAGGCCGGCGCCGACGCCGGAGGAGUUGAUUCUUCAGGUGAACUCCGGUUCCUAUCCAACGGUGACCUUCAGCUCACAACUGGAACUUCUAAUUCUGUUGUUUGGAGUUCAAGAACUGCAAAUCGUGGGGUUUCCUCAGCUUCUCUUGACGAUAAUGGAAAUCUUCGUCUUAAAAACGGUACCGUAUCAAACAUUUGGUCUACUUUUGAUAACCCAACUGAUACUAUUGUUCCUGGACAGAGUUUCACUAAUACUCAUGUUUUGAAAUCUGGGUUGUAUUCUUUUAGCCUUAUGAAUAAUGGGAACUUGUCACUUUUGUGGAACGAUUCUAUAGUGUACUAUAAUUCUGGGUUGAAUUCUUCUGCUAAUGUAAACUUGUCUUCUCCUAGUUUGAGAAUGCAGCCUAUUGGGAUUAUUUCACUUUCUGAUCCUAGCCUUUCAAACCCUUUGAAUGUCGUUUAUAGUAGUGAUUAUGCAGAUGAAGGGAACAUUUUAAGGUUUUUCAAGCUGGAUGCUGAUGGUAAUCUUAGGAUUUAUAGUUCCACACAAGGUAGUGGGACUCAAAAUGUGAGAUGGGCUGCUUUGACUGAUCAGUGUCAGGUUUUUGGUUAUUGUGGGAAUUUUGGGGUUUGUAGUUAUAACGAAACUGGCCCAACUUGUGGAUGUCCUUCGCAGAAUUUUGAGCAUGCUGAUCCGAAUGAUAGUCGAAAAGGGUGUAGGAGGAAAGUUGAUCUUAAUAAUUGUCCUUCCAAUGCAACAAUGUUGCAAUUGGAUAAUGCUAAGUUCUUGACUUAUCCUCCGGAAUUAUCUGAUCAGCUUUUUUCUGCUGGUAUUUCAGCAUGUAGGUUUAACUGUCUUGUUAAUGGUGCUUGUGUUGCUUCGACUUCUUUAGCAGAUGGCACGGGGAUGUGUUAUAUUAAACAGCCCAACUUUGUUAGUGGCUAUCAGUCGCCAACCCUUCCUAGCACUUCAUUUCUUAAGAUAUGUGGGCCUGCAAUGCCUAAUCCUGCUGCAGUUUCGGAAACUGUUCAGGAGAAGAAUGGAGGGAGGGUUCCUGGCUGGGUUGUUGCACUUGUGGUUUUGGCUAGUCUCUUGGGUUUGAUCCUGUUGGAGGGUGGUUUGUGGUGGUGGUGCUUUAGGACCAGUUCUAAAUUUGCAUCACUGUCAUCUCAAUAUGCACUUCUUGAAUAUGCCUCUGGUGCCCCUGUGCAGUUCACAUUCAAGGAGCUUCAGCAGGCAACCAAGGGGUUUAAGGAGAAGCUUGGUGCAGGAGGAUUUGGGGCUGUUUAUCGGGCAGUUCUGGCUAAUAGGUCUGUUGCUGCAGUGAAGCAGCUGGAAGGAAUUGAACAAGGAGAGAAGCAAUUCAGAAUGGAGGUUGCAACUAUAAGUAGCACACACCAUUUGAAUUUGGUGAGAUUAAUUGGGUUUUGUUCUGAAGGGCGCCACAGGCUACUGGUCUAUGAGUUCAUGAAAAAUGGUUCUCUUGAUAAGUUCCUCUUUUCAGAAGAUCAUUCGUCGGGAAUGCUUUUGAACUGGGAGCAACGGUAUAAUAUUGCUUUGGGGACAGCAAGAGGUAUCACAUACCUUCAUGAGGAAUGCCGAGAUUGUAUAGUUCACUGUGACAUAAAGCCUGAGAACAUACUGUUGGAUGAGAACUACACUGCAAAAGUAUCAGAUUUUGGCCUUGCCAAGCUCAUUAACCCAAAGGACCACAGACAUAGAACCUUGACCAGUCAUGUGAGGGGUACUAGAGGAUACUUGGCUCCUGAGUGGCUGGCCAAUCUUCCUAUAACUUCCAAAUCUGAUGUGUACAGUUAUGGCAUGGUAUUACUGGAAAUAGUGAGUGGAAAAAGGAAUUUUGAAGUCUCAGAAGAGACUAACCGGAAAAAGUGUUCUUUGUGGGCAUAUGAAGAAUUUGAAAGGGGUAAUAUGGAGGCCAUUAUGGACAAAAAGAUUUCCAAUCAGGAGAUGGAUAUGGAACAAGUUAUACGAGCAAUUCAGGUGAGUUUUUGGUGCAUCCAAGAGCAACCAUCUCUAAGGCCAACGAUGGGCAAGGUGGUUCAGAUGUUAGAAGGCGUUUUUGAGAUUGAUCGGCCACCAGCACCUAAGUCUACUGAAGGGUCCUUUGCUGGAACCAGCUUAAACGCCAGUAGCACAAGCGGUCUCUCCACCUUCGCAGCCUCGGCACCAACUCCCUCUUCAUCAUCAUCGUUCCAAACUGCAGGAUUCCAGUCUUCAGGUUCUGCAAAGAAUGUCAAUAGGCAAUCAUCAUCACUUCUACACUCCGAAAUUAAGUGAGUCUAAAUCAUACACUUCGGAUUUCCUACAAGAACUGAUGGGAGUUUUCGUAUCUCAAUGAUCAUAGUUUGACUUGUGUCUUGCAAUUCAUAUUGUAUAAUAGAUAGGGUUUUGCAUAUAUAUAUAUUGAUAAGUUGUGACUCGUUAAUAUUGGAAAACACCACUCACUUAUAUCUCAUAUCCUAUUAUUCACCAGAA